CCCUGGUAUUUCCCACCAGACCCACGCACGGUCUCACUAGUGUGCAAAGCCACCCCCACCCGCCACUCUGCUUCUUCUUCGCCGUCACAGUAAACAAUUUGAAAUUUGCAUUUAUUCGCUACUUAGUUGCCAUUCAUCCGGCAAAUUGCACGACAAAAGAAGCGCUAAAUUGAGUAGUUGCGGCGUGCACAGCAAGUACAAGCGGUACCACAAACGCAUAGCGAAAAACCAAACAGAGAGCGGACAAACAAAUCAACUUUUUUGCAAAUUGGAAGAGUGCCAAAAAACGGCGAGCGAAAUAAAAAAAGUGAACAUUUGAACCGCAUUACGAAGCAAAAAGUGAAGCGAACAGCUGGCGGAUCAGCACAACCAGCAACAACAACAGCAGCAGCGAGCCGCAAUAAACCGGCAACAGCUGAAAGCUACUGCUUACGUAAGCCGCUCGUAAUUACAAGCAGUUAGGCCAGUGGAUCAGCAGCCAACAUGUCGCAGGUAUCAACCCUUAUCGAUGUGGACAAGCCGCUCUUCGAUCUCAGCACCUUCGCUGGACGCUUCCAGUACUUCGCCUGGAUGACGGAUCCCCGGACCGUAGUCCUCUCCAGCGAUCGCCUGCUGGAAGCCAAAACCAUGGUUGAACGCUACCGGAAAGGCGAGCAAUCGGAGCAGUUGAAGUCGGAGCAGGUGCACUACAACAUGAAGCUAUACAACUCGGCCUUUCAUCCGGAUACUGGCGAGCUGCAGAACUUUUGCGGUCGCAUGAGUUUUCAGGUACCCGGGGGCAUGCUGAUCACCGGUGGCAUGUUGGCCUUCUAUCGCACCGUGCCCGCCGUGGUGCUCUGGCAGUUCAUCAACCAGUCCUUCAACGCUGUUGUCAACUACACGAAUCGCAAUGCCAAUUCGCCCACCAGCGUUACGCAGCUGGGCGUGGCCUAUGUAUCCGCCACGACUUCGGCUCUAGUAGCAGCUAUUGGCUGCAAGAACUAUUGGUCGAAGAAAGCGACACCGCUGUUCCAAAGAUUUGUGCCCUUCGCGGCUGUGGCGGCGGCCAAUUUCGUCAACAUUCCUCUGAUGCGACAAAAUGAGAUACUCAAUGGCAUAGAGGUGAAAAACGGCGAGGGAGAGGUUGUGGGCCAGAGUAGAUUGGCAGCCAUCAAGGGAAUAGGUGAGGUUGUUGUGUCCAGGAUUGCGAUGGCGGCGCCCGGAAUGCUGGUGCUGCCCUUGAUAAUGGAGAGGCUGGAGAAACUACCUGCCUACAGGCGCAUCAAGUGGAUUAAUGCUCCAUUCCAGACCCUAUUGGUUGGGUGCUUCCUUUGCUUCAUGGUGCCCACUGCCUGCGCCCUGUUUCCACAGCAGUGUUCCUUGGACACUUCGAUUAUGCGCACCUUCGAGCCCGAACUUUACGAGGACCUCGAGAAGAAAACUCAGGGUAAUGUGCCCAAGCGUGUCUACUUCAACAAGGGUCUGUAAGAUCGAGCUGAUAAUAAUCCUGAAAUUGAGGGAAGACAAUUGUGUGUUAGUGGUAGCCGUUCUCGUCAUGUUUUAUGUAGCAUUUACUGUUUUAGAUCGCGCAAUUUUGCAGUUGCAGUUGUUCCUUGUCAUGUGUCAAUUGUCGUAGUUGCUAAGCUAAAAAGAAUCUCAGCUCUAUUUAAAUAUAAUGUUCGAGCCUGCUAGGGUUUUCAAAUUGUGAUCUUAUAUAAUUUAACAGUGCAGCAGGGAAAAACUGUUUAUAGUUUGGAUUUCUUAUUUAUCAAGUGACUUUAAUACCCGAAAAAUGUAUUUGCUCAUAUAGAAAACCAUGGCAGGACUAGCACUUAAUGGUUAUAAAUAUUCAUAUAUGUAUGUCCUA